AUGACCGAUGUGAUAGUCAAUGAGGUUGAUAUGCUCUACUACGGAGAUCUAGCCAUCGGGACGCCUGGUCAAGGCCUAACAUUCGACGUUGAUACCGGUUCUGCUGAUCUCUGGGUACCUUCGCCUUGGUGCGGCAACUCGAAGAACCAUUACGAUGGAAGUCAAAGUUCAACGUAUGUAGACCAGGACAGGAGGUUCGCAGUAUCUUAUGGCUCCGGUACUGUUUACGGCACAACAGCGUCGGACACUGUGGGCAUAGCAGGGACCGCCGUUCUGAAUCAGACGUUCGGCGUUGUCUAUCGUGAAUCCCAAGACUUCCAAGAAUACCCGAACGAUGGCAUAUUAGGGAUGGCGUUCGGUACAAUUUCUCGAUCCCGUAGCUCGACUGUAUUCGAGACGAUGAUGAAGCAAGGAAAACUCAAAUGGCCGUGCUUUUCUAUACAUCUCGCGCGCGGUCAGGAAACCGGCUCAGAGAUGUGCUGGGGAUGUUUCGAUCCAACGAAGGCGACUGGACCUAUAAGUUGGUUUCCCGUCUCUCAUCGGGCAUAUUGGUCUAUCCCAAUGAGUGGCUUCGAUGUCGCAGGUGAACGCACGACGUUCGAUGAAGUGAUCAUUUCCGCAAUUGACACUGGCACAACGUUCUGUUAUUUUCCUGAAUCUGUAGCAGCUGAGAUCUAUGCGAAGGCAAGAUUUUUAAUGACACAAACAUUAACACACACUUCAAGACAACGUAUAGGCUUCUACACUUAUCCCUGCAUCUCCGAAGUCGAAAUUGGGUUCCUGUUCGGAGAUAUCACCUUUAAACUACAUCCAGAUGACUUCAACCUGGGACAUUAUAACAAGCUGAAUCGGACUACGCUUCAUAGUGAAUGUAUAGGAGGUAUUUUCGCGAUGAAUGCUGCUCAAUGGCCUUCGAAUCUUGCCAUCAUAGGUGAUGAAUUCUUGAAAUCCUGGUAUUCUGUGUAUGAUUACUCUAACGGUGGUCGAGUUGGGUUCGCUCCUAGUGUAAACAACCAGUAGAUAAUAUAGAUAUGAGAUACUCCAUUAUCUUGUACAGUACUCAAUCCGUUUUCUUAGCUGUCGAGGUUCUCCCUGAACCAAAUACCUUACGCCUUUGUUUUACCAUAUGGGUGUACAUAAUAUAUAGAC